AUGGGUAACAACGAGAAGCGCGAUCUUGAUGAGGAGGCCGAAGAGUCAGCCCAGCUUGAGGCCCGCGCCUUUAGAGGCUUCGCCGACAAGGUCCUUCCCCACCCCGGCGUUUCUCCCUAUGCAAUAACAAAGUACGUUAACAGAAUUAAGCGCAACGUUGCCGACAAAAACGCCUAG